AAUGUCCCCUAGGACAAUACGGUGCUGAUUGUGAAGAAUAUUGUGGUGAAUGCGGAGGUGAAUGCCACCACGAGGAUGGGGCGUGUUUAGAAGGAUGUGAGAAUGGUUACAGGGGCUUGACAUGUAAAACAGAGUGCAAGCCAGGAACAUAUGGAUUAAACUGUACAGGUCAAUGUGGAGAAUGCAUUGGGCACUGUAACCACAGUGCCCCUUGGGAAGGUAUGGUGUCAAUUGUAGUGGACUAUGUGGAGAAUGUCUUGGGAAAUGUAACAAUGUUGAUGGUUGUGCUGGCAGAUGUAAGGCAGGAUACAAAGGGAUCGAAUGUCAAAAUGGUAGGAGAUAGAUAG